GGCAAAAUUCUCACGAGCAGACCUGAGCAGGUCUGCUCGUGAGAAUUUUGCCUGCUGGAACUGAAUGUGCAGGCUUGUUAGCAGGCUCUGCCAUAUUAAUCUUUUUUUAUAGGGUGACGUUUUCGUACCAUAUUUUGAAGCUGUGGAUGUAAAUAAUACAUUUAUUUGUUUACUACACGUCAAUUACUUUCAACAUGUAAAUAUUCCUCUGGAUUAUAUAUUGAUUGUACAUAUAAAGUCACAGCUAACGAGUUACCAUUAUUAGUCUUUGGUACAUCAGAUUUCAAUCGUCGAUUUUAUCCUAUGGGUGUAUGUUUAAUAUCUUCAGAUGAAUCAUCAGAAACAUUCAAAAUUUUUUUUCGUGGUAUUCAAGUUUGGACAUCGAUUAUCAAUAAUCAAGCAUAUACCAUAUCACAUGUUAUGAGGGAUGGUGCAGCAGGUAUUACGGGAGCCAUGUGUGAAUUACCAUUAGCGCGUCGUUUAAUGUGCUGGGCACAUGUCGUCCGUAAAGUUCGUGCACAUGGAACAUUAAUUAAAAAUAAAGACAAAUUUUUAUUAGUUGAACAAGAUAUUAUGCAAUUACAACUAUCAUUUAGUGAUCAAAUAUUUGUCACAGCAGCCAAUCUUAUGAUUAAUAAAUGGAAAUUAGAUAAAGAUUUAGAAAAAUUCACGGACUAUUUUGAACAACAAUGGUUGACAGUAUUAAGUUUUUGGUAUGAAGGUGCCUGUAUUUUAACGCCAUCAACAAAUAAUGGUUUGGAAAGCUUAAAUGGUCGAAUAAAACAACAUUAUACAAUGCGGCACAAAUUACCACUAUCUGCAUUUUUACAAACGGCUGAACGAAUGGUCAAAGAUUGGUCUAUUCAAAAUGAACAAACACCAUUUGCAACUCAUAUUACGUACAAAGAUGAUCUUAAUUUAGAAGCAGUCGAAUGCGUGAAAAAAGUUGAUAAGACACAAAUAUUACAAUUGACUACACUUAACUUUGUUCAAAGAAACUUUCAUCAAAAGAUCAAAAAAUGA